GUAAGAAAAAACAGUGUUCUUACCGUUGCUUUCAUCUUCUACAGGCAAUUUUGACGACUUGAGCUUACAAGAUGCACUUGAAACUACAAAGAAGCCUCUUCCAUCUCGGAAGCCACCAUCAUCGGAUUCCGAUGAAUUCAACUUGGAACAUGCUCUUCAGCCUGAUGACCCCAAGCCAGGUCCGCCUGCAAAUCCCAGAGACACUGAUAACCCCAAGCAAGGUCCACCUGCACAUCCUAAAGACACUGGCAACCUUGAUGAUUCAGAUCUAUACGAUGGCAGUUUACCAAAAGGCGAUGGUAGUGGCAACAAUGAACGAAAGGGCUCAAGUCUAAAUAAUGGUGAAGCAGCUGAGGCUUCUCAGGGAGCAAUAGCUGGAAUUGUAAGUGCUGUGGUUGCUACUGUAAUUGGAGCAGUAUCUAGUUUCAUUGCUUACCAGAAGAAGAAACUCUGUUUCAAACAAAGCGAUGAAGAGAAUGUGAAUAUGGACAGCCAUCGGGGAGCACAAUCUGAGCCACCUGUUCAGCGCACGCUUCUGGAGAACUAAAUUAAAGAAAACGUGAAGAACAGACCAUUGAAACUGGAUAGAGAGCCUGCAUUUGCCUG